AUGAGCAGCGUUGACGCAGACGUCGUUGUCGUCGGGGCGGGUAUCUCUGGCAUCGCAAGCGCCAAGUGGCUUCAUGACCAUGGCAGAAAGGUCAUUGUGCUUGAGCAGAACGCGUGGACAGGCGGCAGGAUCCGUACAGAACGACGCCCCGGUGAGGUGGCAGGUGCGUAUCUGCAGCACGGCGGCAUCUUCCACACCGACCAGUACCCUCGCCUCUGCGCUCUCAUCGAAGAGCUUGGUCUUGGGGCCCGGGUGCAGAAGCAACCGAGCGCAUUCAACGCUAAUGUUCUCCAGCGCGGACAAUGGCGCCACGUCGACUAUGGGUCCCUCCUGGCGCCCAUACGGUUCAGUGCCCUCGGCUGGCUUGACUCGUUGUCACUCUUGCGCGCUGCGGCCCCGAUACUCGCCACCGGUCCGCCGCACCGCAAGGAUGACUUCGGGACGCUUACGAGCAUGCAACAAUUUGACGAGCACGAGUGCACGCGCGGGCUGACAAGCACAGCGGCAGAUUACUUUGCCGCAGGGCCCCACGAGUUCCUCUGGGGCGUGCGCAGCAACAAGAUUUCCAAAGCCAUGCUUGCGCUGCAGCUACAGAUCUUCAAAGGCGACCUCAAGGAGCUGCAGGGCGGCACACAGGCCCUCGUCGAGCUCAUGGCCAAGAGGCUCGAUGUCCGACACGAGACGCAGGUGCACUCGCUCUCGCUCGACGAAGAGCGAGGCACCGUCGCCGUCACUGCUGGAUCUGAUGAGCAGGUCCUGCACGCACGUGCAGUGGUGCUGGCCUGUCAGGCACCGGUUGCUGCGCGACUGUGGCCUCAAGCGCCUAGUAUCAUCAAGCAACACCUCGAGGGGAUCACGUACUCCCGUAUUGACUACAUCUACGUGCGCACCUCGACAAAGUUUUACAUCUCAGAAGGACAAGAGAUUGGCAUGGAGGUGGUUCCUGCCGCUGAAGUGGAGCAAGGGCCUUUUCGGACCAUUGGAGGUAUGUAUUGCUGCGACUCGUGGAUCGAUGCCGGCCAGGAGGGCAGCCUGCUGCUCGUCACCACGUCCAACGCCGCGGACGCUGCGACCAUUGAUGACGACGCUCUCGCAAUGCGCCUUCAAGAAGAGCUCGAGCAUCUGCACCCACAACUGAAGGGCAACAUUGUCUCUCGGAGCAGCAUCAUUCGCCAUGACGACUACACCCCCACCUUCAGCCAGGGAACCGUGGGUCGCCUGUCGAGAGCACAGCUCGAGCUAGAGAGUCUCACCAGAGACCGGGGACAGCAGUGCCAAGGGGCAAUCGUUGACCUCGCGGGAGACCACAUGGCUGCCCCAUGGAUGGAAGGCGCCCUCUACGCAGGCCACAAGGCCGCUCAGCGAGUCCAUUCAGCAUUGUGA